ACCAUUUUCACACGCUUAAACUUUUCUCCAUUUUCGCACGACUAACUUUUCACUAUUUUCUUCUCUCUUAACAGUCUUCUUCAAGAUUUCUCAAAUAGUUGCAUUCACAUCUUCAUUUUUAGCACUCAAAUCUUCAAAUCUUGCAAUAGACAAACCACACAAUGUCUAAAAGAGGCAACGAAACCCCGAGAAAAAGUAGAAGAUUGAAUGAAGAAGCAAGUUCAGACGAUUUCCAUGCUCCAUCUUUCAAAAUUUUAUCACAAACACAAUCUCAACCUUCAUAUGUUAAAGUUAAAUCUAGAUCAGUGAAAUCAACAACAGGAAAAAAAACAAACAAACAUCCAAAGGAAAAUGAGAAGAAGAGAAAAGGGAAAGAAAAGAAAAAAGAAGAUGAAUCUGAGAAAACGACGAAAGAAAGAGGAAUGAAAAGGAAAGGAAAAGAAAUCGAGGAAUCAUCAGAGUCUGAAUCUGAUUUUGUGGAAGAAUUGAUAAAAUCAAAAUCCAAAAAACCAAGAGCAUCUGGAAUCGAUACUUCACAUUUACAAGAAGAAGAAGAAACAGUUAAACCCAAAAAAAGUUCAAAGGAGAAGAAGACACAAACACAUCUGUCUUCAUGUAUUAACAUGAAUGUGUUUGCGGAUUUGUUGACAUUUUUAGGUCAAGAUAAGUUUCAACAAUUCCUAGAUGAAACACCUUUUGGAUUUUUUUAUAAUUUGCAUCACAUUAAAAUUCAAUGUCAAUUGUUGAGACACUUAUUUAUGAUGGGAGGAUCUGUUUAUUCAAGGAAAGUCAAAGAAGCCAUUGAUAAGUUUGCAACCAUGGUUUCUUUAUUUCUGACGAGCACAGGGUUUUAUGGCAAAAGGCUUGAUUUGUAUGCAUAUAAUCUCCCUGAUUAUCAAUAGAAGUCUCACUCUAAACCUCUAAGCAUCAAGAAU